CAGAAGCCGACCAGUGCGAUGGGAGACGAGCGCGAUCCGCCAGCCGCCGAUGGACAGCCGCCGCUUGGGCACAUGCGCAUGGCACCGGAGGUGGAUGGAACGCUCGGCGCCGAUGCUAUUUUGUCGGCCAAGGUGACCGAGGUCUCGGAAGAGACGACGGCGACGACACCCGUGGCCCAAGCCAGCGACGAGGACGACGACGAUGACGACACGGACUUUGCCAAGUGGAACCGCGAUGAGAUCCAGAUGGAGCUUGCUGACUUGGACGAGUCCGGCGAGCGCAUUGAGCGCGUCGCCAACCUCUUCUUGAUGUACAACCAGACGGACCACGACCACGUCUCGGCGCUCUGUGCAACGUGGCUGCGCGAGAUGAAGGCGGCCGACACGCACGACCGCAUCCCGUUCUUGUACGUCGCGAACCACGUCAUUUUCAAGACCAAGACAAGCAAGUCGAGCCCGUCCACGCUCUUUGCCGAGACCUUUCGCCCGCUCUUGCCCGAGGCCGUCUCACUCGUGUGCACGUCGCCCGCCGACCGCGACACGGUCGUGCGCAUCCUCAAGCUCUGGGCCGAGCAGCAGCUGUACCCGAUGGACGACAUUCGCGGGCUCUGGAAGGAGACGGGUGAGCCGCUGCCGCCGUCGUGGUCCGAGACCCAAGCCGCGACGACCGCAUCGUCCAUGGAAAACACGUUUGCGACCAUGGACGUCGAGCCGGAUCUGCCCAUGGGCCUCAAGGCGCGCGCAGCGCACCCGCUCGUGGACCUCUUGAAGCGCAUCGACCACGCCAAGCACAUUGUGCACCACCUUGAACCCAAGAUCCAAGCCAACCAUCAAUAUGUGCUCCAGUCCGCGUCCUCGAACGUCUACGAGAAGGCGGCCGAUCUCCUCACGCAAGAACGCCAUCCGGCGUCGCUGCAGGCCAAGGUGGAAGCCUGCAUGCAGAUGAUCGUCAUCCGCAACAAGUACGUCAAGGAGCUCCUCGACCUCCAAAAGCUCGUGCAUGUGACCGCAGCCAAGCUGCUUGAAGACCAGAAACAAGCGAUGGCCAAGGUCGACACGAAAUUCGAGCAAUGCGACACGAUCGACAUGGGUCUUGUCGACCUCGACGACCAUCGUCGCACGUACGCGGACGAGUGGGCAGGCGAAGAGACGCGGGCGCGGGAGCGGAAGCGGAAGCGCGACCACGAGAUGCAGACGAUGGAAGAAGAGAUCACGCGCAAGCAGCAAGAAGCCAUGGCCGAGAACGCUGCGCGUACGCUCGAGCUCGAGGAGGAAGUGCGGACGCGGCUGCUGGCGACGCAGAAGGAGACAAUCACAAAGCAGCUCAAGGUCGAGAAGGCCAAGGACCAAGAAUACGUGUGGCACCCGGUGCUCCGCGAGCUUGUGCCCGUGCCCAGCAUGAGCAACAUUGGCGAAGAGUGGCGGGACCACUAGUCCGUCGACCACGUUGACGACUCGCUAUCUAUCCAAACACGACCUUACCCUUCACUGCUAUUGCAUCCUA